CAGCAACAGCCAAAUAACUUAAUGCAACAACAACAGCAACAACUAAAGCAACAACAACAACAAAUGCGCUGCCAUAGCUGUCGACAACGUCUGGGGAUCAAAAAGAUUUGGCUGCCGCUUAUCAUCUUCCUUUCACUGCAGCUCGCCUUGAUACGCGCGGAUGAGGUCGAGGUGGUGAAGGCGAUCGCUGGCGGCGGCGGCAACGAUGAGCUCUCCCUUGGCCUGAACGAGCAAGACAAUGAGGUGGACCAAAUGGCGCUCGAAUCGGAACAGGAAUUGCAGCAGCAGCAGCAGCAGCAGCAACAACAGCAACAACAGCAGCAGCAGCAGCAACACCAACAACAGCAACAGCAGCAGCAACACCAGCAGCAACAGCAACAACAGCAGCAGCAGCAACAACUCCAACAACAGCAAUCCGUUUCCAUGCCCAAGGUGCAGGUGCAUUACCCCCACAAUGGUCUGCCACAGGCGCCACCUGGACUCAGCCUGAGCCUCGGCCUGGGCCCGGCCCGCAGCAACAAUCAUCAGAACAUCCCGAUGAGCUUUGGCCAGCCCUUCGGACCGCCACCGCCGCCCGGCGCCCAGUUCUACAAGGGACCACCGCCGCCGGCACCGCAACGACCACUGGCCCUGCCCCCACCACAGCAGCAGCAGGUGCAACAGGUGCAGGUGCAGCAGGUGCCAUCGCUGGCCGAUCUAAGUGUGGGCGCCUCCAGCAACAAUGAGAUCUGGGCCUCGCCCGUCCAGGACAUGCCCAAGAUCGUCUCGCUGGACGUGAAGUGCGAGAAGAACGGCAUGAAGGUGUUUGUCCAAUUCGAUAAGCCCUUCAAUGGCAUCGUUUUCUCGAAGGGGCACUACAGCAACAUCAACUGCGUGCACCUGCCCUCCGGCCUGGGCCGCAGCUCGGCCAGCUUCGACAUUGGACUGCACGAGUGCGGCACCGCCGGCAACACGGACAACUACAAUCAGGGCUAUGGCCACGAUGCCGCCGGCAGCGCCGGUGCUGGCACCUACUUCGAGAACAUCAUUGUCAUCCAGUACGAUCCGCAGGUGCAGGAGGUGUGGGAUCAGGCGCGCAAGCUGCGCUGCACCUGGCACGAUCAGUACGAGAAGAGCGUGACCUUCCGCCCCUUCCCGGUGGACAUGCUGGACGUGGUGCGUGCCGAUUUCGCUGGCGACAAUGUCGGCUGCUGGAUGCAAAUCCAGGUGGGCAAGGGACCGUGGGCAUCCGAGGUGUCGGGACUGGUGAAGAUCGGACAAACGAUGACCAUGGUGCUGGCCAUCAAGGACGACGACUCCAAGUUCGAUAUGCUGGUGCGCAACUGUGUUGCCCACGACGGCAAGCGGGCGCCCAUCCAGCUGGUGGAUCAGCGCGGCUGUGUCACCCGUCCCAAGCUAAUGUCGCGCUUCACCAAGAUCAAGAACUUCGGUGCCUCCGCCUCGGUGCUGUCGUACGCUCACUUCCAGGCCUUCAAGUUUCCCGAUUCGAUGGAGGUGCACUUCCAGUGCACCAUACAGAUCUGUCGCUACCAUUGCCCGGAUCAGUGCAGUGCCGAGACCAAUCUCCAGGAUGUUCACCAUCUGCAGGUGGGACCCGAGUCCCAGUACGGACCACCGCCCCAGCUGCAUGGCGAUGCGUAUCAUGUGGCCAGUGCGAUCGGCAAGCGACGGGAUGAGCGACGCGUCCAGCGACGUGCUCGUGCCGUGGCCGAUUCCACGGAGCAAGUGGGUCUCAAUCGCAUCAUCAAGGUGGUGUCCUCCGGCGAUCUGACCUUUGCCAUUGACGAACAGGCGGCUGCCGGUGCCGGCAACAACAGGAGCACCACUUUGCCCCAGACAAUGGUCUUUCCGCUGCGCGAGGAGGGACUCAUUUGCAUGACUACGCCGGGCUUUGCCAUUACGCUGAUCGUGCUGCUGGGCAUUCUGGUGACAUCGUGCCUAAUCUCCGCCGUGCUGUACGUCCGUCUGCGACCCUUCUCCAGCUUCGCGGCCAAGGAGCGCGCCGUCGCCUUCACGAAUCCACAGCUGGCCGCCGGCCCACUGCCCGUCAUCCACCUGCCAUCGCCGCCCGAGGCACUGGCGGGCACGCUCUCCAAGAAGCGAUCGCUAUCAUGAGCGCAACGCGUCUCUCGUAUAUCGCCCCAUACACAAACACUCCCACGAAAUACCCCAAAAGCAUUUCAGAUUGCACUAGUUUAGGCCAUGCAACUAGCUAAUUGUCUAAAGCGUUAGUUAAAUAACAAUAAUUAUAUAAUGCCCGUUAACUGGGCUCACGCCCGCCUCUGCCCAGAUCACUCUCUCUCUCUCUCUCUCUCUCUCUCUUUCCACAACUUGCUUACUCUUUCUGCCCCUCUCUCUGUUGGUGGUCGGUCAAUUGAAAAACAAAACAAAAAUCAGAUUUAACACAAUUUAAAAUAUAUGCUCUAGUUUAAGCCUAGGUUCUAUUUUAAAUCGGUGCUAAGCCAAUGCUCACAGUUCAAAUAUUUAUGCCCAGUCUGGCAACGCUCUUUCUCUCUGUCCGUCUCUUCCUCACUCUCUGUCUCUUCCUCUUACUGUACUGUCUGAGCUUGUUUCGUUUGCAGUUAACAGGAGCUGUUAAGCUCACUGUUAACUUUAACAUUAGCAUACUCUCUCUAGGACUAUUCUUAACAUUUAUGCUUACAAUAUGCUUAUACCUAUAUACACACACACACAUACAUAUACAUACACGUGUGUACGUGCGUGCAUGCGUGCGCUUGGGUGUGUGUGUGUGUGUGUGUGUGUAUUUCAAUUAGUCACUAAAUAUUUUAAGUGCUUUAAACUUAGUCUAAGCUCCGAACUUGAUUCGAUUUUUUGACUCCAUAGAUCCGUCGAUCCUUCGAACCUUGAUUGCAUCUUGUUAAUUUAAAAUAUAUUUAUAUUUAUAUACUUAUUUAUUGAUUUAUUUAUUGAUUUUAUUUAUUGAUUUAUCUAUUGAUUUAUCGUACCAUCUAGUUGUCACCCGCAUCCAACACCCAAUUUGUUUACGAUGAGUAUUUUUUUUUUUUUUUUUUUACUUUUACUUUAAUUGUAGAGAAGGAAACUAAGCUAACAGAAAUGUUCAGUGAAUCAUCAAUAACAAAAAAAAAUAAUAAUAAAAACAAAUACAUAUUACAAAUCUAAUCGAAUUCCUUAGAUGAAUAACACAAUUGCCGGAGUGUACGAGCACUUACAUAACCUUCAUAUCAAAUCAUAUCUAUUUACUUACUUACGAAAUGUACGAAUUACAAAUACAGCUUUGCAUCUAUAUACGAGCAAGACCAAUAAACGACAAUU